CAACUCUCAACAAUUUCUAGUAUCGUAGAAUGCCGUCCCCGUUGAUUUAUACCUCAUCUCAUCUCGUACUUUUCUUCUCUAUUUCUUUUUUCAUAGUAUAUAUAGACCCAUUAGACUGUGUUCAUAAUACAUCUUCUCCUUAAAAACAGAAAAAAAAAAACCUCCACCAAAACACACUACCUUCCAAAUUAUUACCAUUCGUCUACUCGGUAACAAUUAUGGGGUCCAACGCCGCCGCCCCGCCCCACGAGGACUCGAACUUACUGCUCAAAUCGCACAUCGAGGACCUCGUCGCCACACAGCUCCCCAACUCGGCCAUCUACAACUUCCUGCUCUCUGACGUGCGGAUCGUGUCCGCGACCAAGGGCUCCGUGACGGCGCGCCUCGCGCUGACGCGCAACCACAUGAACUCGGGCGGCGGCAUCCACGGCGCCGUGUCCGCGGCGCUCGUCGACUGGGCCGGCGGCAUGGCGAUCGCCACCUGGGACCUGCGGCGCCGCACGGGGGUUUCCGCCGACAUCCACGUCUCGUAUCUGUCGUCGGCGGCGGAGGGCGACGAGAUCGAGGUGACGGCUUGCGCGGAUAAGGUGGGCGGGUCGCUGGCGUUCACGAGGAUCGUCAUUGCGAAGGUGGUCGAUGGGGUCGCGGGGCCGGUGGUUGCGAAUGGCUCGCAUACGAAGUUUGUUAGGCAGCGCCAGUGAUGGGGGAUGGUCUUGCAGUUGUGGAGCUCUGUUUUCAAGCUUCUUCCCCCCCCCCCCCCCCCCCCC